AUGCUUAGAAUUUUUGGAAUAAUGAAUACAAUAAACUAUAGCUGUACUCUAUUUUUUAGCGCUUUGAUGACACUAAAUCGUGCAACAGUUUUUGUGUCACCAAAAUUAAAUGAAAGUCUUUUCAGCCGUUCAAACAUUUUAAAGCCAAUUAUUGCAAUUUGGAUUUAUGCUUUUGUAAUUGGGAUUACAUUAGAUGUUGGGGGUUGCUUUAAAUUAUAUUCAGAAAAAGGCUAUUUAGUUUAUUUUUUUCUCAACAAAAUUAAUUUUAGAUUUAUUGCUUGGAUUUGUGUGUAA